AUGUCCAUGGGUCUGUCCCAUGAGAAGUACUCUGCCAACGCUGGCCCCUCCCCUAUCUCCUUCAGGGACUUCAGUACUGUGACUACGGCGACCCCAAGCCCUCGGAGCAGCCCAGACGGGAAACGGAAGUGCCCAGGGAUGCGUGGGGAGCGAGGCCAGACGCCCCUGUGGGGCGGACGCGGACCGGGCCGCCCUCCCGCCGCGCCGCGCAUGCUCCGUGCCCCCCCUCGCGCCCCGUUCCCACGCCGCCGCCGCCCCAGUCCCGCCCGCUCGCGGCCCCGUUCGGCAGCGCCAGCCGACCCGACCGACGGACAGCCGCGCAGGACGCUCCUCCCAAGGAGCGCCUGCAAGCGAGGUCGAGACCCGGCUGGGAGCCCCCCGCCUCCUGGGGACGCCGCCCCGGAGGGCUUCUCGGAGGCGGCGGCCUUGUCCUCAGGCCUGCCGGGGGCGGGAGGGGAGGCCGACAGCCCCCGCCGCCGGAGACCCGGUAGCCCGCCGGACAGAGACGCAGUGGAGCGGGUUGGAGCCCCGUCUCGGCAGGGGCGCGGGAGGGCGGGCGCAGGUGGCCACAGGGUAGAAGGAGCAGCGGCAGCGGCGACAGUCGGGGACGUCCUGGGAGGCGGGCGAGGGCGGAAAGCAGUCAGGCUUGCCCUAGGGGCUACCCGCUUCCAGGGGAGCCACAGGAGAGGGAUCAGCCUGUGCUGGGCGCCCGGGGAGCCUCAGCCCGUGUUUUCCAGUUUCUCUUCUCUGAUUGGUUUUCCGCCGCUGAUCCUGGUGCUGGCGCAAAAGCAUCCCGUCGCUGAUCCGCCAGUAUUCCUGUGGGAGCAUGAUGCAGACUCACCCCGCUUCUUCGGGUACCUGGUGAUGGCGGCCAUUCUCCUGAGGACAAGGCCCAAGGUCCCAGUAUCUUUUGAGGACGUGUCAGUAUACUUCACAAAGACAGAAUGGAAGCUUCUGGAUCUCAAACAAAGAAUCCUCUACAAGCAGGUGAUGCUGGAGAACUAUGGCCAUUUAGUGUCAUUGGGAUUUGCAUUCUCCAAGCCUCUCCUGGUGUCCCAGCUGGAGCAAGGGGAGGGGCCCUGGGUAGCAGACUCCCUCAGAAGCCAAGCUGAGGCAGGAUCACAUGCAGGUGACGGGAUAAAGAGCAAGACGGCCAUUCCAAAACAGAAACAUUCUGGAAGCGGACUCCCAGGACCCGACUUUCAGGGCGGCAGAAGGGGCCAGGUGGCGGGGUCGCCUCCCCAGCCAGGAGGCACUAAGGGAGUGUCUGGGCAGAGAAGUCCCCAGGGCACCGCGCACAACCCGGUUCUAAAGCAGCAGCGUUCCAAGGGCGUGGAGAAACGGUACCUGUGUCAGCAGUGCGGGAAAUCCUUCAGCCGCAGCUCCAAUCUGAUCAAGCACCGCAUCAUCCACAGCGGCGAGAAGCCCUACGAGUGCCCGGAGUGCGGCAAGCUGUUCCGGCGCAGCUUCGCGCUGCUGGAGCACCAGCGCAUCCAUAGCGGCGAGAAGCCGUACGCGUGCAGCGAGUGCGGCAAGACCUUCACGCGCAGUUCCAACCUCAUCAAGCACCAGAUCAUCCACAGCGGCGAGAAGCCCUUCGCCUGCGGCGAGUGCGGCAAGCUGUUCCGGCGCAGCUUCGCGCUGCUGGAGCACGCGCGCAUCCACAGCGGCGAGCGGCCAUACGCGUGCAGCGAGUGCGGGAAGGCGUUCAGCCGCAGCUCCAACCUCAUCGAGCACCAGCGCACCCACAGUGGCCAGAAGCCUUACACCUGCCCCGAGUGCGGCAAGGCCUUCAAGGGCGUCUCGCAGCUCAUUCACCACCAGCGCAGCCACAGCGGCGAGAAGCCCUUCGCGUGCCAGGAGUGCGGCAAGACGUUCCGCGGCCGCUCGGGCCUCAGCCAGCACCGGCGCGUGCACAGCGGGGAGAAGCCCUACGAGUGCAGCGAGUGCGGCAAGGCGUUCGGCCGCCGCGCCAACCUCUUCAAGCACCAGGCGGUGCACGGCGGGGUGCGGCCCUCCGAGCGUCGCGGCCGAGCCAGGGGGCUGCGGCGCGGCUGCGUGCUCCUGGAGCCCCGGCGCGGGCACCGAGGGUCGCGGCCCCAGGAGGGCGGCGAGGGCGACUCGGUCGAGUCCCGGCGGAGCCGCAGCGGCCAGAAGCCGCACGCGUGUGAGCACUGCGGCCAGUCCUUCGAGAGCAAGUCGCAGCUGAGUGGCCACAAGCGCGCCCACGGCGGCGAGAAGUCCCAGGUGGGCGGCCCGCGAGCGGCUGCCGUUGAAGGGAAAUCGCCCGUCGAGGAGAGCCACGGCGGCCACGGUGCCAGCGUUCUGGACCCUGGGAAGACCCAGGGCAAAGCCUCGCCUUGAGGUCAAGAAACAGGGCACGACUCUGAGUGGGAGGACGCACCCUUCCCCAAGUGCGUUCUGUCCCUAAAGGAAGGGCCGGGUGUACAGGGGCGGUCGACGCCUAGAGACUGCACCCCGAGGCCCAGCCCAGUCCGCCAGGGUACUCCUGGCGGCCCGCGUGCGUGCGGGGGUGCUGGCUGAGCUUUGUACAUUGCAGAAUUGCUCCCCGUCCGCGGACAGCUGCCUGCUGUGCGGAGGGAGGAGGCAGCCUCGCCUCGCGCGGAGUGUACCUACGUGGCGGAUUGUUUGCCUCCUGCCAAGAGUUAGUGUCUCUGCGUAGAAGAACUAAAAAGCACUUUAACCCUUUCAGGGCUUAUUGAAUGCAGAGAGCUCUGAAAGUAGUCUGCUGCUCCCAGGGAAGGCACGGGGCACCCCGCUGUCCAGUAGUGUGGGCAAGCCCUGCAGGUGUGGGGAGCCGCGGGAGGCUGUGCCUGAAAACUCCAGCCCUCUUGGGCGCCCCCUGCUGCUUGGAGGAGGAGCUGCACACAGCCCCAUUGCCUUUCAGCGGGGCUUUCUGGGAAAUGGUUGGCCUUGGGCUCUGCAGAGAGGUAAGACCCAGAGAGCCUGAGCUUCUCCUCUCUAGGAGAGGAGCCCUGGAGGGACCUCCUGUGGUUUCUCACAGGAGUGGCCUCUGAGCAAGACCUGGCCACAUUUGUGCCCCCCUCACAUCCUCCCUCUGACUUCAGUCUCCUCCCUGCCCACCAGCCCCCAAGUUCAUGCCCUGUUGCCUCGUCCCCCAGGCCCCAACCCUGCUCACCCAGCAAAGGACAUCCGGGCCUUGCUGCCUACCCCCUCACCCACCAGUGCCUAAAGCUUUAAACUUAACUGCUCCUGUGUUGGAUUUGGGCAACAGGGCAGCUGCCUUUCGCAUGACAUUUGUUAGAAUAUCCAAGGUGCCCUUGCUUGGAACGUCUUUGUAUUCAGGGGUAGUGUAAGUCAAAAAUGGAGAUUUUUGCCAUAUGAGCGUGCAGGGAAUCACUCCUUAAUUAGAAUCCCCCAACCCCCUGAGAAGACCUGAGGCAGAAGAAAGGGGGCCAUCCCAGGCCCACACCUGGUAAGCCUCUUCUCCUUGUAAUGAUGCAGCACCCCCGCUUCAGCUGCAUGGUCAGGGCGGACCCUUCAGAAGGCACUUAUGAAAUCUUAGGGGAGUCUUCAAGAGGAAAGCUUGCUGCUAACUGUCCUGUUCUGCCUACACAGUCCCCAGAGGCCUGGGAAUUCUGACCCCUUGGUGUUCUCAGUCCGGCAUCCUGGUCGGUUGGCCACCCCUUCCAUCCUUCUACUCUCCCAGGGGAGAGCUGCUCUUUGUCACACAGGCCUCUCCAAGGAUAUGCAAGUGGUAGUUGUGGUGGAGGCUACCCAAGAAAGAGCAUGCACUGCCAGACAGGGGAGGUUCAAAGACAGUUACCUCCUGCCAGGAGAAUGUGGGAGGACCUGGAAAUCCAGGUUCCUUCCGAGGAUGCUGCUUGGAGCUCCAGUCAUUAGGACAACUCCAGAAAUCUCAUGCACAUACACACAUGCACAUGUAUAUAAGUUUUAUAUAUAUAAAAUUAUUUUAUGGAAAGUUCCAGAGUUCUUGUAACUUGCUCUUGUCUCAAGUUAGCUUGUCUCCAGUGGCUCCCUAUCCCCUCAUCCUAUGAUUGCCUUCUUGUCUGUAAGCCAGUGCCCCGUAUACCCGUAGCUGUGUGUCAUGUUCAGUCUCCUGUCCUGUGCACCAGCCCAGGGCUGGCACUGGCGACUGCAUGUGAAAUGCACUCUGUGUGCUUGGCACGUUGCACUUGGGCUUUGUCUCAUCUGCUCCAGCCUCACACAGGCAAUCCAAAGUAUCUUCAACUUUGCAUUUUCUAGUAGAAAUAUGUCUCUGAAGUCCCUAGUGAGGUAAUUGGGCAUUUGGGGUUUUUCUGAGGCUCUGACAGUCUCUUCUGGGGCUGGCACAGAUGCAGGGAAUCAGUUCCCAUUAGGGCAGGUACCUGUAGCAGGUUAUGUGCAUGGGCUCUGUCACACACACUCUAAUGUCCAUUUCCUGUGCUCUGGGAAGGGAAUGAUUCAGUUCCUACAAGCCAGUCACUAGCUUCUACCAAAGAAGAGCUGGCUCUCCCAGGACAGUGACAUUCCAUUGGUUCUAAAAUAAGCUAAUUCUAUUUUUAACACAAGCACCUUUUUUUUCACCUUAGUCCUAUACCCAAAAAUGACUCGCUACAGAAAGCAUCAUGUGCAGCAUUUUCAACAGAAAGUGGAUCUGCCAGGAGAGACUUGGGGCACUGCUCUCUGACUUUGAGUGACCUGGAAAGCUCCAGAAUCCCCAAUGCUUUCCUAGAUAAAUGACGCUUCAAAUGGCAAGCUAGUCGUUUUGUUUCUCCUGUUCUCAGAGUAAUUUAGUUCCUGUUAAUGAGAUUUUUUCACUACCACACAAAUAAUAGUAGUGUUUUCUUUCAGGUAGGGUAAUCAGGUAUGCAACACGGGUUUUGUGUGGAAUAAGAGAGGGCCUGGAAAGGACUCUUUUUUUCCUUCUAAGGUGCCUGUAAAUUGGGCUCCAUCCCUCCUGCUGUGUGGGAGGUGGGGAUGAUUGCCCUUGCUUUUUGAGGGAGAAAGAGUGUAAAAGCUUAAACUAUGGAGGGAAGUCCUGCUGCUUUCCAUUCCUUCCUCCAUCUGCUCCUCCCACCCCCAGAACUUUCCUGGAUGCCAAUCUUAGGCCCCUUCGCCUUUGGGCCAUUUGCUCUUUGAAACUUUGGAUGCUUUUCAAGAGGUGUGUACAUGCAGUGGCAGUAUCUCCAUGCAACUGCUAAAUGGUCCUGGCUGAAUUCAUUGUGAGAUGGAAUUGCUUCCACUUCCUUUGGCUGCAAAUAAAAAGGUCUACAAGUGUUGGCCUUCAAAGGAGCCCUCUAAUACAAGGGGCGAUUCUGAAUGUUUAGACUAAACAGGCAGUUGGGUUUAAGGUUGCAGGAAAGGCCCCCAGCAAGAAUCUGGGAAGAGCCCAGAACCAGUGUUUGGGUAUCCUUUUGGGUCCUCUGGCUCAUGGAUCCCUGUCUGGGGUCCUAUUAUACGACCCAAGGGUACAGACUCCUCUGACUGGGUCAUAGAGAGCCAAUGAAAGCUGGUUGGCUACCGUAACUGAGACCAGAAAGGGAGAUUUGGCCUGCCUGAUAUGUUCCUUAACAAGCUGCCACAUCGCCUCCUGAGAAUUAGCAGCUCCGUCUUCCUUCUGGAUACUUCUGUUGCCAGACUUCAGGCAACACAACACGGCAAAAUCCACACCUGCCAGGGAGAGUGCCCAGCUCUUCAGACAGGAAGUGGAAGUAGAGGGACUUCCAGUGGGGGAUUGCUGGGAAGUGCUUGGGUUGGAACAGGUGAAGGAAAGAAGAGAGCAUGUGUGGUGUGGUGGGGGAACCUAAAAAAGGCAGAGGGAUUUCUCUAGGACAGUUCUGGGGUAAAAGGUCAAUUAGACCCCAAGCGUGGAGAGCCUGGGAUGCCACACUCAAGAGUUUGCAUCUAGCUGGUUUUAGGUAAGGAGCAACUUUGCAAAACAUGAAUUAGUCUGUGUUGGAAGAAGGAAAGUUAAUGUGAAUUAUAGCUGCUAUAGUAAUUGACAUCUUGACAACCACCAAUGUUGUAUGGUGUAGUCUGCAAAACAACUAUCUAGAUGACAGUUCUUAUGUCUGUGAGGUGUGACACAUGGGUCUGGAUGGCUAGAGUCCACUGUGCAUGAUGAGGAGCUUGAAAGGGAAGCAUAGCAGUGUCCCAACCACAUUCCUCAGGAGGUCCAACUUGCCAUGCUAUUUGUAGCUGGUUUCAUCUUUUGCUGGCCCUGGUAUAUCUAUGACUUCACAGUACGAGACCUUCCAGGAUUCCUGCUGUCAGCAGAUCCUUAUAUUCUUAUAUUAGAAGUACCAUCAAGUUCAAGGCCUUGGGGAUUGGUGAAUGGCACAGUGCCUCCUUUUGUGUACAGGAAGGUUAAACUUGGUCCUUCUCCAUCAAUUGGGAACUUUCAGACUGGAAAUGAAGGGCUACUAGGGGUUCUUGGAUUUUAAUCUUUCCUUGACAGCUAGCUUAUGGAGGUGUAACAGACUGCACAUCUUUAAAGUGUACAGUUAGAUGGGUUUUGGCAUGUGUGUCCAGCCAUGAAACCACCCCACCAUCAAGACAGUGAACAGAUCCCUCAUCCCCAAUAGUGGCUUUAGGCCCCAGUAGCCCCAGCCUCAUGAUCACUGCUCUACUUUCUGUCACUAUAGAUUAAUUUGUAUUUCCCAAAAUUCUAUGUAAAUGGACUCUGUACAGUACAUGUCUUUCAAAGUUCCCCUUUUCCUAUCUGGAUAUCCAGUUUCCCCAGCAAUAUUUGUUGCAAAGAUGGUUGUUCCCUCAGUGGAAUUGCCUCGGGGCCUUUGUGGAAAAUCAGUUGGAUGUAUGAGUGUGAGCCUGCUUCUGGACUCUGUGAUGCCAUAUCAGUGCUAUGGACUGAAAGUAUAUGUCCCCACAAAAGUCACGUGUGGAAGCCCUGACCCCCCAACUGCUGGUAUUAGGGAGGUGGGGUCUUUGAGAGCAGUUAGGUUUAGAUGAGGUAAUGAGUGUGGGGCCCCCAUGAUGGGAUUACUGCCCUACUAGUAAGAAGCACUGUCCAUUCUCCAACACGUGAAGCUACACAGAGAAGGAAGCUAUGUACGAGAGCCAAAUCUGACAGCACCUUGAUCUUGGACUUCCCAACCUCCAGAAUGAUGAGAAAUAAAUCUGUUGUUUAAGCUGCCCAGUCUAUGGUAUUUUGUUAUUCUAGCCCAACCAAC